CGGGUGGACGGCGACUUCCUGGAGGCGGUGAAGCGGCACAUCUUGAGCCGCCUGCAGAUGCGGGGCCGGCCCAACAUCACGCACGCUGUGCCCAAGGCCGCCAUGGUCACGGCGCUGCGAAAGCUGCACGCGGGCAAGGUGCGCGAGGACGGCCGUGUGGAGAUCCCGCACCUCGACGGCCACGCCAGCCCGGGCGCCGACGGCCAGGAGCGCGUCUCCGAAAUCAUCAGCUUCGCCGAGACAGAUGGCCUCGCCUCCUCCCGCGUCCGCCUCUACUUCUUUAUCUCCAAUGAAGGCAACCAGAACCUGUUUGUGGUCCAGGCCAGCCUGUGGCUUUACCUGAAGCUGCUGCCCUACGUCCUGGAGAAGGGCAAUCGGAGAAAGGUGCGGGUCAAGGUGUACUACCAGGAGCAGGGCCACGCGGACCGCUGGAGUGUGGUGGAGAAGAGGGUGGACCUCAAACGCAGCGGCUGGCACACCUUCCCGCUCACAGAGGCCAUCCAGGCCCUGUUCGAGCGGGGUGAGCGGCGACUCAACCUGGACGUGCAGUGUGAUGGCUGCCAGGAGCUGGCUGUGGUGCCCGUGUUCGUGGACCCCGGCGAGGAGUCGCACCGGCCCUUUGUGGUUGUGCAGGCCCGGCUGGGUGACAGCAGACACCGCAUUCGCAAGCGGGGCCUGGAGUGCGAUGGCCGGACCAACCUCUGUUGCAGGCAACAGUUCUUCAUCGACUUCCGCCUCAUCGGCUGGAACGACUGGAUCAUCGCGCCCACCGGCUACUACGGGAACUACUGUGAGGGCAGCUGCCCGGCCUACCUGGCGGGGGUCCCGGGCUCGGCCUCCUCCUUCCACACGGCCGUGGUGAACCAGUACCGCAUGCGGGGCCUGAAUCCCGGCACGGUGAACUCCUGCUGCAUCCCCACCAAGCUGAGCACCAUGUCCAUGCUCUACUUCGACGACGAGUACAACAUCGUCAAGCGGGACGUGCCCAACAUGAUCGUGGAGGAGUGUGGCUGCGCCUGACGCACGGGGCUGUGGCGGCGGGGCGCCAGGACAGUGCUGGAUGGGCUUCUCGCAGCCCCUACCGGAAAGGGGCGCGCGGCGGGCUGAGUGCUGUUGUUCCGUUGGGCUGCCCAGAAGGUGCCAGGGUGACGCCUGAAAUAUUUUUCUACUUCUUCAUUCAGCAAUCAGUCAAAAGCAGAGCAAGAACCCUGAACUGACAUGAAAUACUUUAAAAUGCACACGUAGACACGCACAGCCAGACGCAUCCUGCCACCCACACAGCAGCCUCCAGGAUACCAGCAAAUGGAUGCGGUGACAAAUGGCAGCUUAGCUACAAAUGCCUGUCAGUU